CCUUAGCCCGGCUCAGCUCUGCCAGGAAACUGGAAUCUCACUAUAGCUCUUGGAACCACAUUCUAAACUUGACUGUCACUCAGCGAAGCAGCCGGAAUAAAAAGCUCCUUGGCCGGAGACAAAGAUCCCAGUGGCUGUGCUUGCUUCUCCCUUCAACACCCGCUCCUACCUGCUACUCUUCAACCUACUCCUUGCCCACCUGCUCCUAACCCUCUGCUGGUCCUCACUCUCUGCUCUUAACCCCUCACCACUUCAUUCUUUCCUUCUCUCUCUGCUCCCCUUUCUUGACCCCUCCUCAAACCUUCCUCUUUAGUUAAGAACUCACUUUUCCCCCAUCCUCAUUCUUCCUCUUCCUACAUCCCCAUUUUGGUUCCUCUGAUUUCUCCUUCUCUCGCCCUUCAUCUUGGCAGCUUCUCUCCUGGCUCCCUGCUCUUUUUCCUCCCUUUCUUUCACCCUACCACCUACCCUUCUUUUCCCUUCCCCUCCCCCUGCCUCAGCCCUCAGUGUUUGUUCUUCUCCCGGAUGCGGAUGAAAGGGUUGGCCUGCUCCUGCCCUGCCCUACUCAGCUUCUUGGAGCUGGGGACCUGCUUAAUGGCUGAGGGUUCCGGGACUCAGGCGUCGAGUCAAGGGCCUCCUGUAAACAUCCAGUUUCUUCGCGCCCAGUAUGAAGGAUUGAGGAGACAGCAGAGGACCCAGGCCCACCUGAUGGUGUUUCCUAAAGAAGGGACCAUGCCUACUCCAGCUGAAUCAAUGACCAGUGCUGUCUGGGUUAACAAGGAGAGAAGGAGCUCACUGUCCCUGGAGGAGACUGACUCUGAGGUCAAGAGGAUGUUGGAAGAAGCAGACAGAAGCUGCCAUCAUGCUGAGACACCAUGGCACACAUACCUAGAAAUGCAUCGCUUGGUUCAAACCUUCCAUCUGGAAGCCACUCACCAAGGGAACCCCAAAAGAUACCUUGCGGAAUCAGAACCAAGGCUCUCUCCAGAGGGAGACCCUGAUGUGUUGAAAAGCAACCAGAAGACACAGCAAGAAAUCAAAAUCCCAGAGGCUGCCCAGUGUCAAAGUCAGGAGGGUGGUAUUCCACAGCAGGUGGCAGGCUCCAGUUUACAAGCCAGUGCUCAGGAACUUCCUUCCACAAAAAACCUGCACAGGUCUGGAAAACCAGCUCACUAUCCAUUCCCCCAGAGGAAGACGCCCCGGAUCUCCCAAGCUGCCAGGAACCUGGGCUUAUAUGGCCCACCCUGAAGCUUACCACUCAACCGGAGAUCUCAUCCUUGUGGCCACGAAUGGACUCAGCAAGGAACCACACAGAGCCACAACCAGAGCCAGGAACAAUGAGCAGCAAUUAGACCACUCCAGUUGUAGGAAUCAUGAGAAAUGAACUUCCCUUUUCUCUUUUCUUUCUUUCUUUCUUUUCUUUUUUUCCCCCCUUUUUGGUUUUUCAGGACAGGUUUUUUUCUGUGUAGCCUUGACUGUCCUGAACUUCUCAGUAAACCAGGCUGGCCUUGAACUCACAGAGAUCCACCUGGCUCUGUCUCCCAGAGUGCUAGGAUUCCAGGCAUGUGCCACUGUGCCCAGCUGGAAAUGAAUUUCCUAAAGACCAGGUUGGUCUUUCCCUUCCAAAGGCAAGAGAUUACUCAGGUCACUUACUGUUAGGAUGAAAGUGCUCUCUCAUCCGUUUUAGUCUUACAAGAAAACAUCACUAGGUGACCCUCAAUGCUUCUCUGUGGCUGGCACCAGUGGAACAGCUGCUCGCGCAAGUAAAGCAGGAACUUUAGCCAGUGGGAUGCCUUCAGGAUGUGUGGCAGUCAAUGAUUACAGGAGCUCUUCCCUUCCCCCUCCCAACCUCCAAUAUUUUCUGAUCCUUUGUAUACACUGGGAAGGUCUCUGAGAAUUUAGAACCUUUUUUCCCCCUGGUUGUUCCAUCUGGGGCCUUAGAGACAAUUCAGUUAUUAGCAGUGAUCACAUCUUUUCAUCUUCAGCCUCCCAGACUAUGUCAGCUUGGGUAAAAAAGGGUCAGAUCAGUUCCACCUACCAUCUUGUAUGCUCAAGGGGUCCUUGGAAAAGGAUGGUUUCUUUCACCUGCCACCAAGAUAGUACAUCCCAGCUUCAUUACAAAUCUAUUUCCUGUCAGCUUUUCUUUUUAUCUUUUUUUUUUCCACUCUUCCUACCCUUGUGGGGUUUUUUGUUUCGUUUUGUUUUUGUUUUUGUUUUUCUGCCAAUUGGCUUCGUAUUAAAAUCCACCAAUCAUCAGCCAGGUGUGGGGGCGAAUGUACUGUAAUCCUAGCUAUUGAGAGUUGGAGGUAAGACAAUCAGGAGUAAUCAUGCCUGGGUAACUUGAGACCCUGUCUCCAACAAUCCAACAAACAAAAGUAGCCGACACCGUGGAAAACACAUAGUAAUCAGAGCCUAAGGGAGGAAAAAUGACAAAAAGGAUCCUCAUGCUUGAGAAAUAGGUAUCUCCACAUACCACCUCCUUUGCAGCCUAUUGGAUAACCCAGGCCCCUCCAGGAAAGCCAAGCGGGGACUGAAGGGAUAGUUUUGCAGAUUGUCCUUUGGAGUAAGAAGUUUAUUAGGAGUCAUUAACACCAUGGACAGACAGACAGGCAGUAGCAGGUGUAGCUCUGAAGGGAGUUCAGGGCCCACAAACCAGGGCUGCUGUCUUGUAGGUCUCAGAGGAAGGGGCUGGUUUCACAUGGUCAGUCCGUCUCUGAUUUAUGUGUGUCUGGGGAGGGGUGGGUUUUCUGAGGUAUGAGUGUGGGACUCUAAAGGUUUUGGGGUUGGGAGGAAAGGACACAUCUGGCUGGGGUGUACCCAGGUGUACAGGUUUGGGGUGUGUCACCACAGGUAGCCUCUGAUGUCCCAGAAACCGGCAACCUAGUCCCAAAACUUCCUUGGUGAAGUGAGAGCAGCAGGGCCUGUAACCUAGGCGCCCGUUGCUUCCUGUAGCAGCAGAGAGCCUAGAAUCAGCUCUGGAGAUAAGGUGCUGCAGAUGGGCAUGGCUCGGGCAAGUCUGUCUGGCAUGUGGAUUCACCUUUCUUUUCCUGGAGUCUCAUACAGACUCACAACCCAGCUCAGCUUGCAAGGAACUUGCCAGUGGCCAUGAGGCUAUAGAAAAGAAAGGCUGCCGUAAGCAAGUGUGGCCUGGUGAGCUUCUACCGAGUCCAACACCCCAGUAUCAACAGAGUGCACUUUUAAACAAAGUGAGGUCUGUGUUCCCAAUGCGUGUUGGGGGCAGGGAGGGUAGCACUGUUUCCUGGUUAAUAUUUAGUCCUGGCACCCAAGGCACCUUUUCCUCAUAUCAGAUUCUCUCUCCCAGGCACCCGGAAAUCCCCUUAAUUUUAGGGAGCCACUGUUAUUUAUUUUGUGAGCAAUAAAUUAGAUACUGUUGUUUGUUUUU